AUGCAUUACCAUCAGCUCUACAAGUCUGAGGAAGACCUUCGGGACUCAAGGGAGAACCUCGACCUGGUGGUGCAGCAGCUUGUGCCUGUGCAGGUAGAGGAGGUAGAGGAGGUAGAGGAGAUGGAGGCUAUAUCUCCCUCCCCCUCUGUCUCUUCCUUCCUCUCAGUCCUUUUCCAUGAGAGUCAGGAUGAGGCAGCUGCUGCUGAGUCAGCAAGUCCUCCCCACAGCCCUCAGGGUGCCUGCCCUCCCCCACUGCCUGCCUUGGCAGCCUCUCCAUGUAGCCAACCUGAAGAUGAGGGCUCCAGCAGCCCAGAUAAGGAGGGGCCAAGCAGCGGGGAGGGCUCUGAAGAGGCGAGGUCCACUCUCCAAAGCGCCCUACAUUUAAAAAUGGGUUAUCUGGUGGCAUUCCUGCUCCUGAAGUAUCGCAACAGGGAGCAGACCACAAAGGCAGAAAUGCUGAGUAGGGUCAUCAAAGAGCAGCAGGGCCACUUCCCUGAGAUCUUAGGUGAAGCCUCUGAAGUCAUGAAGCUGGUCUUUGGCAUUGAUGUGAAGGAAGUGGACCCCAGCGCCCACACCUAUGUCCUGGUCCCCACCUUGGGCCUCACCUAUGAUGGGAUGGGGGGCGAUGGGCACAGGUUUCCCAACACUGGCCUCCUGGUCGCAGUUCUGUGGCUGAUUGCCACAGAGGGCGACUGUGCCUCUGAGGAGGAAAUCUGGAAAGCCCUGCAAGUCAGGGGGGUGCAUGAUGGGAAGCAGCAUUGUAUCUAUGGGGAGCCUAGAGAGCUCCUCACCAAAGUUUGGGUGCAGGAACAGUACCUGGAGUACAGGCAGGUGCCCAACAUCCAGCCUGUUCGCUAUGAGUUCCUGUGGGGUCCCAGAGCCCAUGCUGAGACCACCAAGUUGAAAGUCCUUGAGUUUUUUCUCAGGAAUUAUAGAAGGGAUCCAAGUUCUGUCCCAUCCCUGUCUGAAGAGGCUAUGAGUGAUGAGGAAGAGCAGGCCUGA